GAUCCGUCUUUGAGAUUGACUGGGUCGGCGGCUUCCAAUGCUUUUACAUCUUUGGCACCUCUAUUGUCCCAGACCUCACUUCCAACUGGCAGGCUUAGUUGUGGGGUCGACGAAAUUUCAAGCAAUCUGGUUUUGCCGACUCCUGGAUCAUGUUUAAACUCGGCCUCUUGCGCCUCUCCACCGAUUCUCCCAGUCGUCCAUCCGGCCAAUCUUGCUAAACCCGGACCAGCAAGACUUGCGAAUGUGGGCAUGCAGGAUCACUCUCAUAUCCAGAUUCAACAGGCAAAGCUACAAAUCCCCAAACAACCGCAUAUAGUGCAGCAAAAUCAUCUUACUCCUCACCAGCAUCCCCUUGUCCUGCCUCGGCUAGCCUCGUUCUCAAACCAUACCUCCUUCGCUGAUGCUCAUGAAAUUGAUACUGUAUUUGCUACGCCAACCCAACCAUCUCCCUCCGUAACUUCAUCCGAUUUAAAUUUCUUCGACAGACAGCAGCCAAAGCGGCUUCCUGUAGCACAGAUCGGCUUGAAUGAAGCUUCUAAUCUAGCCACUCCUGCAUAUUCGAAGGAGGGAUUGGAAGAGCACAUGACUCAAAUAGUGGCUCCUGGGCCUCCAGCUGUACUGGCCCAAAUUAGCCUUUGUAUGGCUGCUCUUUGCUUAGUGGCAGUGAACCCAGCAAGUCGAUUCUCUCAAUCCUGGCUUGUUGGCUCAGUUGAUCUACUCAAGCCACUAAAAAAAGGUACAGGUGGGCCCUUCCCAUGUCAAUUACUUGUGCUUUUAUUUGCUUUGUGA